AUACAAUGAUUUAAUUUUUUGGAUCCAUAAAGAAACAUUAGAGACAUUUGGGGGCUCAAGUGAGAAUAUUGCAAACAUCAAGGACGGGGUUGUAAACCAGGAAGAGUAGCAGUGGCAAAAUCGUGGUUUUGAUGCUUUCAUUGUCGUGCUUUAUCCACCGCCGUUUGUGCAUCUUCUCCGUUCGAUCCAAUCCCCGUUAUGCAAUUGUGAGAGAAUUUUAUGGUGGGUUUCUCGCAUGGUGCUGUAAUCAGGAGGCAACUGUUCUUAACAAGGUGCUUAGGAGGUUACAAUUCUAGCAGCACGAAUAUUUGCUACUCCUCCGCCGUUAAAAUGCAAUCUUCAGCAAGCGGCGGCGGCGGCGGCGGCGCUUGGCCGGAGGUCGACGCCGUCACCAUUUUGAGAUCAAUCACUCCUUCUCUUGAUACUUCCAGGCAUAAAGGCCAAGCUGGAAAGAUAGCAGUUGUAGGCGGUUGCCGCGAAUACACCGGUGCACCAUACUUUGCCGCUAUAUCCGCUUUAAAAAUCGGUGCUGAUUUAUCGCACGUGUUCUGUACAAAAGAUGCCGCCACGGUUAUUAAAAGCUAUAGCCCUGAGUUAAUUGUGCACCCUAUACUCGAAGAAUCGUAUAGUGUGAGGGAGGAGGAUAAGAAAUCGAUAUCGGCUAAAGUUAUCGAAGAGGUUGAUAAGUGGAUGGAGCGAUUCGAUUGUCUUGUUAUCGGUCCGGGCCUUGGGCGGGACCCGUUUCUCCUGGACUGUGUGAGCGAAAUAAUGAAGCAUGCGAAGCGAUCCAAUGUCCCAAUGGUUAUAGAUGGGGACGGGCUUUUCCUCGUUACGAACUCUCUUGAUUUGAUAAGUGGUUAUCAUUUGGCUGUCUUAACUCCCAAUGUAAACGAGUACAAGCGCCUCGUUCAGAAAGUUCUAGAAUGUGAAGUAAAUGAUCGAGACGGAACUCAGCAGUUGCUUUCUCUUGUCAAAGGAAUCGGAGGCGUGACUAUUUUGAGGAAAGGAGCAUCCGAUUUAAUCAGUGAUGGUGAAACAGUUAGUGCAGUGAGCAGUUUCGGUUCUCCGCGACGCUGCGGUGGCCAGGGUGACAUACUUUCCGGAAGCGUUGCUGUAUUCAUUUCGUGGGCCCGUCAGUGUACUGAGAAACGGGAGCUGAGUGCGGGUCCUACGGUUUUGGGGUGCAUAGCGGGGUCCGUUCUGUUGAGGAAGGCUGCUUCACAUGCAUUUGAUAGUAAACGAAGAUCCACUCUUACCACAGACAUAAUCGAACACUUGGGAGAAAGUUUGGAGGAAUUAUGUCCAGUCAGUGAAUGAAACGAAAACCGAUAGCCUAGUUUGGAGUCGAAGGAUGUUCCGUCGAGCAUUUCCUUUAUUUACUCGGAAACUCUGGAUUGGUAUAUUAAGAGGAAUUACGAAUGUCGACUCUUGUAUAUGUUUGUGAGUUUUUAGAUGUGAUGAACUGAAUAAAGUCGAAGGAUUUUGCUUGCAAAAACUCACAACUUGAUCAUCUUAUUUUGGUUAUUU